UUAGGUGGAGGUGUUAAAGGUUCUUGUACAUCGAGGUGUUCAGCAUUUGUGUCAACAACAAUGGCAGCUAUCGAAACCGAAAGUAGGUUUCUGAGGAAGAGUCUUGGCAGUUUGCGAAAAACGUGACGCAUGGUCUAGCGUGUGGUUGCGUGGGCGUUUCUUUGAAAAGUGACACGUUUUUGCUCUUUGUUAAACAAAGUGAUGCAUUGUGAAGUUCAUAUUUGCAUAAAGAAUAUUGGAAGUGUUGGAUAGUAGUACCGCCUGUUGCGCUGCCUGGGUGUAACUGCUCAAGCAACCACAACCCACUGUGGCACCACAACUGUCAGACAGACGUGAUGGAGCAGAUUCCACAAGUGAAGAUCACCAGUCAGAUAUACUUCCAGAGGUUCCGAUAUGGGAAGGAGAACCGGGGACCGGGGAGCGAGGAAACACCGGGAAGAGGACUUCAUGGAGGUCACACUACAGAACAUCCCUGAAGGAGCUGUGAUGAAGGUUUUCUGUGUCAGGUCUGUUGAUGAGCAGUGUCCCCACCCAAACUCUGUGGAUGGACACAACUGCAGUGAAGGGGUCUACUGCCAUCCCCCUUUCAGGAGACAUUGUGGAGAAGAAACACUCAAGAUUCCUUGGCUGCAAAUCAACAGAACUAAGAAAGGAGACAUGGAGACUGCACUGGGGAAUCGCCUGGCUGUGCUUCCACAAAAAUAUCAAGGUGGUUGCCAAGCGCUGAUGGAGUCUCUCAGACAAAGUGUCAAGAUGGACACCAACCAGGUCUACCUUUGUGUGCAUGUGUCCUGGGCCAACCACCCAGGUAUCUUCGAUGUCUCCAGGCUCAUAAAGAAUGAAGAUAAAUGUUCCAGAUUGAGGAUUGAUGAACUUUCUCACACUUCUGUCACAGUGGAUGGAGGGAGAAUCCUCAUCCUGAUGGCCGAGGACAGUCCAGCCUUAGAGCCAGAGACGAUUCAGGUGAAGAUAGAGGAGGUGGAUGCAGACAAAAGAAUUACAUGGACUUCAGAUACAUUCAUGCCCGUUAAGGAAGAUAUUCGUUAUAAGCAUGUGAUUGCCUACCAUGUGCCCAGAUACAAAGACCGGCAGAUACUGGAGCCAGUCCGUGUGAAUGUGGUGAUCCGCUGCGAUCAGACGAAUACUGACGACAAGAAGGAGAUUCUCUACAAACCUCUUCCAGAUAUUGUGGCCUUGAACAGGGGAAAGAGAAAACCUAGUGUGGCAGAGAAAUAUGGACACAAAGUGUUGAAGGUAACAGAUCAGCGAUCGUCAAGGAAGAGUUACGCAACAAGAUUAAGUCUGCAGGUGGAGCUGCUGACCUUCAUUGCCAACCCAGAACAGCCCUUCCUCCGUCCACAACAAAUGUUCCUUCUGUGAACCAUUCUUUCUUUGAGAACCAUGGGAAUGACCCCCUCACAGAUGACAACGGACUUGGCUCUAGCAAUGACUUUCUCAGUGAUGACCUCGCAGCCUUCACACCUCAACAAGCACCUGUUAGUCAGAAGGUGGCUAGGUUAUACCAGGCUCCUCAGCUAAUGGAGACUGACCACAUCCCAGCACCAGACGUUCAACCUCUUAUGCGUAUUUCACUAUCCAAAGACCCAGGUGGUAGCUCAAGACAGUUUGUUUUUAUUGGUGAUGGGACUUCAUCCAGUUCCACUGACACGGAGAAUCAUAACUUGCCACAGUCAGUGGUAGAGUUAGCGUCUUCUCAACAUUCAGUUCCAGACGAUGGAUUAUCAACACUAUCAACAAAUUCUGCAGCAUGUGAUACGCUGACAAUGAUGGAGAGAUAUAUGCAGAAUCAACAGCAUAAUCAGGCAGGUGAUUCCAACAGUGUCAAGAUGGAGGACAUGCUCUCUACAGGAGCAACAACAGAUGGUUUCCAUGUGCAGAUGUCAGAACAGAACGGGGUGGAGCUCUCAGAUGGAAAUCCAGAUUUCCAAAUGUUGACGUCAGGAGGACAAGAUCCAGUGGAGUCCUCGCCCAGAAAUCCAGAUUUCCAAAUACAUGCCCUUGAACCAAAUAAUCUGACAUCUUCUCCAGAAAAUUAUGGCUUCACACAGCCAGGACAGGGUGGCAUGGAAUCCUCACAAGGAAUUUCAGGUUUACAAAUACAAAAUACUCUGUCAAAGUCAAGUGGAAAUCCAGAACAGAAUGGUGGGCUUGAGGCUCCCCCAAUAGCAAGCCAACUGCCUUCUUUGCCUGUUAAUGAGAUAUUUUCAUUGGACACUGCUAAUUUGGAAAAUAUUUUCUUUGAAGGGAAUGUCUUCCAGGAAUUCUUUCAGGGUGAGCCAAACCAGAGUAGUUCUGACAAAGAUGACCCCAUCUGACUGUGGCAGGGUGAACAGAGGUAUUAAAGAGGUCAAGAGAAUCCUUCAGCAUGACCUUAUUAGGUCACAUCCAGUUAAUCCAGGAGCCCAAGCUCACUGACAGUUAUGGUCAGGAAUGUCUGCUGUUACUGUAUAUAUAUACAUUGGUUCAUCUGGACUUUGUUUAUGCUGACAGGUUGGCAAUGUUUGUCUGUCUACAGUGGUGACUUGACAUUGGUUAUAAACUAAGGGGGCAUUCAUAUUUGACCCCCCUACCUCCCCAGAACAAAAUGGGUGGACUUCCCCACACACACACACCCUCCCUAAAAUCAUCAUGACCCCCCAUAGCCAUAUAUUAUGAAUGGUCCCUCAUUAACAAUCUUGUAGAAGGAAUGUUGCUUUUGAGGAAUUGCUUGUUGUAAUUGUCCUCAUUUCAUGAUAUUGUUUGAAUGAUGUUUACCAGGAGCUGAUCUAGACCUGUUUGUAAAUGUCAGCAGCUUCGUGACCUCAGCAAUAGAAAUCAUCAUCCACAGCAAAAAACAAAAAACACUGAGAACAUUUAUGUAACGUGGUUGACAGCUGAGCAUGACUUGAGUGAGGGAUACCCAAAGGCUUUCAGCAGUGAACUCGGCAACGGAACUUAUCACUUGUUUGUUAUACUUUGAUAGAGAGCACCCAACCUGUGACUGUGUCCUACAGUGCCAAAAUAGGGCACAGUUGCUACAUAUUUGUCUAAAAUGGACUAAAAUAAACUUUAUAAACUGGUUUGAUGGUCACUUGAGGACUAAAAGCAUGUCAAAUAGGAUAUAUCGAAAAUCGUGUGGUGUAAUUUUGUGUUUCAAUCAGUAAACAGACGUAGGCUUAGAUGGUUGUUGUGAAUUAUGUUUUACGACUUCCACUGCUUGACAGUCAGGCCAUUCCAUGUGUGUUAGCAUAAUAUAUGAAUAUCUCAGAUCUUGCUCAGAAAUGUGAGUAGAUUCAGUUUUACAAAAUUCCCACAAGAAAGUGAUUUUUAUGAUUCACAUAUUCAUGAAUGAAAAGGAAUACGGUGUGAAGUCAUCUUUUAUGCUUACAAUACGUUAUUGUUUUGUUAUUUGUUUUUGUUUUGUGGGUUUGCCAGUUAUGACAGCCGCAGCCCCUGUUUGUUAACAUUGUGUAUCUCAACAUGAAUGCUGAUAUAUUGCUCUGUGUGACUGACCAUAUUACACAAGUGGAUGUGGAUCUAUUUCUUCUUGAUAAAGUCAGUUGUUUCUAACUUUAAGCAACAGUUUUUUUCUGUUGUUUGAUAUUUGUACUAAGUUCACAAACUGAUGAUGGUAUAGGGGAGAUAACUCUGACUGGGUCUUAGUAUUCUGGUCUGAAAAAUACUAGUAGUUAAAAGUGAGAAGAAAUCACAAUUAGGGAUGGAUGAGGUCAUACGAGAACAGACAGACAACAAAAUACAAUACCUGUCGAGGAAUGGAAUAGGAAAAAGGAAAUGUAAUUUCGGAGGGCCCUGUACAAACUGUAUGUGUCUUUUCUUGUUGAAACAAUGGAUGAAAUGGUCAAGAAUUUGGGAAUGGUUGUACAAAAUAUUAUGGUCAGAACCAUAUUUUAUUUUUAGUCCAUCCUAUAACAGUAUAUUAUAAUUAACUGUUCCCUUUAGUGUUUUUAAUUGGUUUUUAUAAAUAUGUUUGGGUUACGAUUUCGCUGGCUGCAGGAAAUAAAUGUCAGUUGAAUUAAGUAUAUCUCAAAUUAUUUUAAUUGCACUCUCCAUGACAGUAUGUUUAAAUGUUUGUACACGAUCUCGGCCAUCAUUGCACUGAAUGAUAUUUGUUCAGUUUUAUGUAUCUAACCAUAUAUUUACACUAAACAAAUAUAGUUUGCGAGAGCAUUUCUUUCUUCUCUGUUUCUUAUUUCAACCACAGACAUCAUGUUUUGAGAGAGAAAUUCUGUAAACCAACAACUUGUGAUAAAAUAAAGAAAGGUUGAUGUA